CGUAGAGCAGACGUGUCGUCCUCUGCGUCACCACACACGCGAAUCAAACCACCUGUUCCUUCAACCAUAUUUAUUUAUGAAAUAUUCCCUUUUUAAAUUUAUUUUCUCUCCCCAAUCAAUAGAUUUUUAACCCUAUACCCAGAGAGUUUCUUAAUAAGUGAUAUAUUCAAGCAUAAUUUGUGAACACAGUGUAAGUUGUAGUGUGAAGUGAUUUUAAGUUACUCAGUCGUCCGCUAGGAGAAAGGAAAUAUGGAGGAGGAGUGCGAGGAGUCCAUCUUCCCGACUGGCGUGGUGCGCCACCGGCCGGAGCCGCCCGGCACCCUCGCCCAGUCCACCAGGUUCACCACGCAUGAGAUCAAGUUGAUGUAUCGAGGGUUUAAACAGGAAUGUCCAUCUGGCGUGGUGGAUGAGGAGGCUUUCAAGAAUAUAUUCUGUCAAUUCUUUCCUUUAGGAGAUGCAACACAAUAUGCUCAUUACGUGUUUAAGACGAUAAAACAUAAGCAGAGUGGGAAAGUAAAUUUCGAGGAGUUCCUGGACAUCCUAUCCCGUGUGGCUCGAGGCUCAGUCCAGGAGAAACUAUCCUGGGUGUUCACGUUAUAUGACGUGGACGGAGACGGCAGGAUAUCCAGGGCGGAGAUGCUGGCCGUGGUGCAAGCUAUCUACGAGCUGCUGGGCCGAGCUGCAGCCCCGCCCGUCCACAGCACCGCCGCCAAGGACCAUGUUGAUCGGAUUUUUCAUCUGAUGGACACGAACUGCGACGGCGUGGUGACCCCGGACGAGCUGGCCCACUGGUGCAGCCGGGACCCCGCGCUGCUCAGCUCGCUGCACACCAUGGACACCGUCUUGUGAUCCGGGGGACCUCGCGCCGAGCACCGGUCGGACUCGGCGCGUGCAUCCUGUUCGACGGCCGCAGACAACUGUUCGCCAUCUCCCUCUGGCAUUCCGACCCCCUUUGCCCCACCCCAGCAGAUAGACAGAGACAGAACUAGCAUCGAAAGCUACGCCCCCCAACUACACCAGAAAAGAGACACAGUAGAGAGUCUCGCUUCGGUUGAAACUCACACGGAAAGAGAUAGGAGUAUAGUAGAAACGGAGAGUGAGAGCGGGAUAGAGAGUGGUGCGGCUAGUUCGUCGACUAGUGGGGUUAAGAGUGUGGUUAGCAGUGGGGUAGGGAGUGAGAAGGGGGGAGAAAAGAGAGAGGAGAGGAAGAAGCAGCCGCCGCCUGUUCCCGCGAGAGUUACUGCCUGUAUUACUGAAGAAAUAGUAACUCGUAAAGUGAAGCGUCGGCCGCGGAGGUCGAGCUCCCCGCAACUGCCGCGGUGAACCAGACCUUAUUACAUCUACGCAAGGAUCAUUUUCCCUUGAACGCUGUGCUUAUGAUUCUACGCAUUCCAAUACGUACCUUAUGCUCUUAGUAUUAAGUCUAAAUUAUUAUGUAAUUAGAUUUUAAAACAUUCGAUUUAAUAUAGGUAGGGUUAUUCGAUUAUUGUUAAUUUCCAGACUAAAUUAAUAUGGUUUAAAGAGUUUAUGGAUUAAAAAAAAACUAUAAAGGCAAUCAUUAUGGCUCCAUAUAUUUUUGGGCCUUUUAUAAAAGUAACAGUUUCUGUGAACUAGAUAAAAAAAAUUGUAAACAUAACUUAGCUGAGUUCGUUUCCACCAAUGCUAAGCUAUGUGUACCAAUGAAUAUGAUUGGUGGAAGCCAAACGCAUCUACAGCAACGUAGCAUAGCACAUCUCUGGUGGAAAAGUACCCAGAGAUAUGAUUUUUAUAUGGAAAGAUGCGUGCUAUGGAUGGCUUCCCUACUAUCGAUACAUCGCAUACUCGAGCUGCGCAUCUUCCUCACACAGCUACAUAGCUUAGUAUCAGUGGAAACGGUCACAUAGUUUCACAGCUUAGCUAUUACAUCUUCGUAGCAUAGCUACAUAGCACAUCUCUGGUGGAAAACCACUCUAAACAGGUUACAUCCAGUGAAAUAUUUUUAAUAUGAUUCAUUUGAAGAAUUGUACGGAAGUAUCACUU